CGGUUUUUGAUCUUUUCGUUCAGUUAGUGUAGACACAAAAUCGUAGAAUCAACCCUUCUUUGAACCGAUUCUGCAUAAUUUAUAUAUGGGUUUUUAGUGUAUGUAAUUUAUUGUUAAAUUAUUGCGAUUCCUUUCGGAGGCUGUGGUACAUUCGAAUAAUCUAAAAGGGAAUAUGCUUUCGACGACAACUGUUUUUCAACAUUCGUUAUUUGGCGGUUUUAUUUGUAUGAGUGCUCUCUCACGUGGGCUGUCUUCAGAUUUUUGAAUUCAUGAAUAUACUGCUUUCUUGAGCUGGAUUUCAUAUAUAGUACUGAUCGUGCAAUUAUCAAUUAUAUGAGUCCUUGUAUAUAAUUGCGUCUUGAUUUUAUUGCUUCUUUACAUCAGGCAAGAGAAAAUUCUAUUUUUCCUACCUGAUUCUGUUGCCAAUUUUAGGGCUAUUGAAUUUUUAUCUCUGCUGCUUAUCUUGUGAUCUGGGGUGUCCUUGAAAUCGAAAACAGAGCUAAAGAGGAGGGAAAAAAGGAUCGGAAUUUGGAUUUUAUGGUAGUGUAAAUAUAUUGGAGGGUCGAUUAUAUCAGAUUAUAAGAGGUGGCAUAUCAGCUAAAAAGUUCCAUCUUUAUGGGUUUUGGUAAUGUAUUGUUUUUGUGCUUUUAGGGUAAUUUCAGGGUUCUGUUAGUUGGAAGGUGGCAAAGGUUUUUGAAUUCUUUAAAGAUGCAAGCUGUGGGGAAGCUAGGUAGUUACAUCAGUAAAAGUGUAGUUACCGUCUCUGGGCCCUUUCACCCAUUUGGCGGUGCUGUAGAUAUUGUUGUGGUGGAACAACCGGACGGAAGCUAUAAAUCAUCACCUUGGUAUGUUCGUUUUGGAAAGUUUCAGGGGGUGUUGAAGGCGAAAGAGAAGGUGGUUAACAUUAGCGUGAAUGGUGUUGAAGCAGAUUUCCAUAUGUACUUGGAUCAUAAAGGAGAAUCUUACUUUCUGAUGGAGGUGGAUGUAGAGGAACGGACGUCAUCAUUUUCUCCUCCAUCCUCUUCAGGUGAGGAUAUAGACAGCCAAUCGGGGAAUAGGAGGCCAAUGAAAUCAAAAUGUUACAAUUAUGAUGCUGAUUCUUCUGGUUCAAUUUUGAAUGGCAGAAAUAGGAAUACCAUGGUUAGGACUAAUUCUCGCCGGUCUCAGAUUUUGGGCCUUGUUUUUGGGAGAAAAUCAAUGAAAGAAUGUGGAAUUCAGGAGGAAGUAGAUUGUUCCGGUGUUGUGCGGAUAAAUUCUUUGGAACGUGCUGAGAUUGCAGCUGAUCUUUUGGAACUAAAGUGGUCUACUAAUAUUGCCUCUGCCAGGCGCUGUAAAGACAACUCUUCUCGGUUUUCUGCUCAUGAUAAAUCAAAAGAUAAAGUCAAUAAGAAUUUCCUUGAUGCUUCUCUGAAUAAUGAAAUUGGCAUUGUUCAUCAUUCCAGCCAUCGAAAACUGGAAAACACUGUCGAGGAAAAUGAUGGAGAAAAUUCAUGCUUAACUUCAUUGUACGUCAGUGAAGCAUCCACAUCAUUUGAAAAUGUUAAAGAAGAUGCUCAGGUAACAAAUUCAGAAGCAUCAACAAUGACUGAGAUAUUGGAUUUAGCUAAAUCAUUUUAUCAUGGGAAUUCUGAGACUAUCAAGUCCGAGAUCACAAUUCCUGAUUCUACAAGUUCAAACUCUGCUGAGAAGCACAAUGGUUCGUUAGACACCGGUUUUGCCAAGGAGGAGAAUGGAAAGUAUAGAACUCAAUCUUUUUGUUGUAAUGACACAUGCGAGAGCUCAAAAGUAGGGUUGGAUGGUUCCGCUGAAGAAUCAAAUGGCACUUUUUCUUGUGAAGGAUGUGGGGAAGUCUGUAUCAAUGCUAAUACUAUGCAUUUUACAACAGAGUUAACAUCCACGGUAAAGUCUGGACAAGAAACUGAUGUUUUAUUUGACAAAGGACCUUUAAACCUUCAAGACUGUUUAGGUAAUGAGGAUCAUUUCAGUUUCUUUCUUGAUGAAAACAGUUCUGAGGCUGAAGGAAGUUCUUUGAACUCCACUUCAGAAAGCAAUGCAACUAAAUCCCAUUAUCAAGUAGUUUCUUUACAUCCAUCAAAUGAUUUCAUUGAGGAAGUUGAGCCGCUUGGUGGUUUAAUCAUAUCCAGUUUUAGCAACUCUGCUUGUCCACAUAAAGAAAAUAGGACUAUUUGGAAAGAAGAUGAAACAAACAAGUAUGGAUCAUGUUCGGGACUUCAGGGCUGUCCUGAAAUAUCAACUAGUGAUGGGGCCAUUCCAAUAAUCCCAAUGUCAGAUAUUUCAGUGGAAGAACAACUCCUUUUCGGUGAUCUGGAUGAUUCCAAUUUCAGCGAGGCCGGAGAUAUGGACACCAUUUAUCCAAAUCAUGAACAAAAAUCUUAUCAUUCACUUUCACCAAUGGUGUCCAAUGGAGUGAAUGAGUCUUUUCUGCCAGAAUGCAGUGCCACUUUUUAUCAAGAUGAAUCUUUUAUAGAUGACAUUGCAAAUGAUGCUAAAGGAUCAAGAAGUAAGUUGAGAACCAUAUCUCGCAAUAGCAUUCCCACAACGAGAUCAUUGCCUAAUAUGUUGCCUCUCAGUAAUGAUUUAGAUGCUUGUGAUCUUGACCAUUCUUUUAACCAGUCAUCACGUUCAGAUAUAAAAUCGGGUAAAAAUAAUAAUCUCAGAUUACCUCGUGCACAAUCAGUAGCUAAAGAUAUCAAAGUUCUGGAGGAGCUAAAAGACGGACCUGCAAAUCUACCCUUUGGAAAUGCACCUAGAUCCACUGAUUCCUUGAGCAGAAGCAGGGGAACUUGGUCCUUUUCUUUUAAGAGAUCAAGAAGUGUGCAAGUUUCCCAGCCAGCUGUGGAUGGCAUAGGAAUUUAUAAUGUUAAAAAUAUUCCGAGGACCACAGAUGAUAUGGUGGGAGAAAAUGAUGUACCGAAUCUGAAGGUAAAUAAGAAGAAAAUAAGGACGCUGACUCCAACGUCUGAACAACUGGCAUCCUUGAAUCUAAAAGAAGGGAGGAACAUCGUGAUAUUUACCUUCUCAACUGCAAUGCUGGGGAAGCAACAGGUUGAAGCUCGACUUUAUUUGUGGAGAUGGGACACUAGAAUUGUGAUAUCUGAUGUUGAUGGAACAAUUACCCGGUAUAGAUUUCUUUCAUUCUACUAUCUUUUCUUCCCGGAGAUUAUUAUGUCACCUCAAAAUCAAAUUAUAGUAGUCAUAUAUAGUAUUUGUCUUAUAGAAUUUAUAAGUUAAUUUGGCUUUUGGAUG